AUGGUUUCCGGAAAGUCAACAAAAGGAGGUCACAACUCAUCUUAUUCCUCUGAAAGUUUGGAACCACCCAAAUCUGAUGAAGUCGAAUCUGAAAGGUCAACUUCCCUUAUACGUCACAGCAAAACCAAAUACAAAACGAAAAAAAUCAAAGACUUUUAUGUUAGAAAUGAAGAUGGAAAAUCUUUGAAUAUUCGUCCAAGGUUUGAUUCUGAGUGCAUCACCGAUACGAUUGAAGCAAAAAUUAAAGAAAUUAAAAAAAUUCCAAUGGAUUAUUAUGAAGUAGUGUUAUAUGACCUCUGUAGGAAAUAUAAUACCCAGUUAUCUGGUUUUAAGGUGUCACCUGUUUCCAUUUCGACCAUCCAUCACGUGUAUCGACUGAAAAGUAUAGAGCAAACUUUAUCUUGUGAGCAAAAGAGCAAUUUGAAAUUUGACCUAGAUUCACUUUUGAACUCUCGAUUAGGAGUUUAUCAGGAAUAUUUGUUAUUCGCAGAAACUCUCAAAUUUAUAUCAGCAGUAGCUAUAAAAUGAGGGGUGAUAAAUAUUGAUAAUUAUGCAUACAGGAUAACAGGUAGAGGACUAAAUAUUAAACUUCUGGAUUUGCAUGAAAUUAAUAGUGAUUUUUUUACAAUGGAAACUCUAUGACUUUCAAUGAUGACUGAUAGAGAACCACUACGCACUGUUGUAGAUGACGAAGUAUCACAGUAUGCCUCAUUAUUAGCUAACAUUGCAUGUCAACUUGUCAACGACUUUUUGUCGCUCAAUCAAAACUGCGAUUUUGAAAGAGUUGAAAGCAUCGCAUCACUCGCGGCAGCCAAAACCCCUGAAAUUACGCAAUACACAGGAAUUGAGGCAAAUCCUAACGCAGAAUCAAUAGACUAUCAAACACUCAGAUUUAAAAGCAAUAUUUUUUGCUUCUGCAUAAAGAAGCCACAAAUUCAGAUUAUAAAAUCUAUCAAAAAUCUGCUAAUUGAUUUCGAAACUGUCUAUAGACAAUUUGAAAAAAACCUGAUGGCAAAUAUUUUAAUUGCUUUUCACUUGGACAAUCAGUAA